GGCUCUGAUUCAUCGGAUAUGUCUUCCAACUCUGCCAAUCUGAGCAACAGCCCUCCCCCUAGCGUUGGGGAUAGAAGACGCUCAACCGGCCAUGGCGCAUCCAGCCUAUUUGAGAGUCUGACAAGUCAGAAGCGCAACUCUACUGACCAGACUCUCAAUACACGCCGUGAAAGCUGGAACGAGCAGGGCCAGCAGGGCGGAUUCUUCGCCAAGUGGUGGGAUGGAUACACGAGAGGAGGUAGUAAAUAAUCCCAACUAAUUCCCUUCUUUGAUGAAUUGCUAUGACAUCGGAAAUGUUGGACGCGAGGGGCCAGACCCCUCAGUGAUUUAUGCGAAUAUUGUUGUUAUUUAGUCAAGUCAGGCGAGGUAUAGC